AUGGACAUACAGAAAUCCCUGUCGAAUAAUGGAGGCCAACAGCCGGUUGUAAAGCAGGAAGAUAUCCCUCCGGGAGCUUAUGAAUAUCAGUUUCAAGGGAUUGAGCACAUGGAGCGGGUGAUCAAAUCUCACAUGGACCUCCUUGAUGAUGAAAAUAACAAAAUGAAGGGGAAGGAGAGGGGGCGCGCGAGACUACACGUCAGCUGA